AUGUCAUCAGCCGCCUAUCAAGUGGCUGGUCUUCUCGAGAAGAUGAGUGCAACUGACAAGGAUUUUCGGUUCAUGGCCGUUAAUGACCUGAUGAGACAAAUCCAAGAUCCAAAUUUCAAUAUGGAUGAAGAUACAGAAAGAAAGAUUAUUCGAGCUGUUUCCAGGCUUUUAGUCGACAGAAGCGGCGAAGUACAAAAUUUAACUGUAAAAUUUAUCGGUGUCCUAAUUAGCCGUGUCAAAGAGGCUCAGGCUGAUUAUUUAAUUGACUUGUUGUUAAGCUCUACUACACAAGGCUCAGAUGAUGAGAAAGAUAUCAGUAGUUUGGCUUUAAAAACCAUAGUCACAAGUUUGGGAGUCUCGAACACAGGAACAUCAAUCGCUUUGAUGAAAAAGCUCUUACCUAAAUUAUUGGUAGCCUUGAGUGGAAGUUCCCCCAGUAGCAAUAUUCGCAUUGAAAUCUUGGAUAUAAUAUCUGAUUUAUUAAUGCGCUUCGGGUCAUCCUUGGAUUCACUCCAUGAACAAACUUAUCCGGUUUUAUUCGACCAAUUGAAAUCAGAAAGGCAAGCAGUUCGUAAACGUGCUACUCUUGCCUUGAGCCAUCUCACAGCUGUAUCUCCUUCUUAUAAUAACUGUAUCAAAUUGCUUCUUGAAAAAGCUGAUGAGACUUCUUCUGUAACUGCAAAGCGUACUUACGUUGUCGCUCUAACUUAUGUUGCUCGUUCAAGUGGAACGAGGUUUGCACCUCAUAUUUCUAAGGUUGUUACUCUUAUGUUGAGCUUGCUCGCCAAGGAGAGCAAUGACGAUGACCUGAAGGAAGCAAUUAUGCAAGCCUUUGAUGUUUUCUAUCAGAGAUGUCCUACAGAGACUUCUGUUUUUGAAAACGAGAUCAUGGAGUUCCUGGUGAAAAACUUAACUUACGAUCCUAACUACUGCGUUGAUUAUGAAGAAGAUGAAGACGAAUGCAUGGAAGUGGAAGAUGAAGAAGAUAUGGUCGAUGAUUACUCUGACGAUGACGAUAUGAGCUGGAAAGUCAGGCGCGCUGCCGCCAAAGGUCUAGAGUCAUUGAUUACUUCCCGUCGCGAACAACUACAUUCAUUCUUUGUCAAGCUGGCUCCUAUUAUCAUUAGUAGAAUGCGCGAAAGAGAAGAAAAUGUUCGAUGUGAUGUUCUGUUGGCUUACGUAGCUCUCCUUAAGCAGACUUGUUUUGUAGUUCCUCACGUGUCUUCUGCUCUUUGGACUGAGGAAGAUGCAGAAUCAGGAGCUGUGAAAGUUGGUGAGGCCCUCUUCGCCAAAUCCAAAUUGUCUGCCGAGCAAUUGGCUGUAUUGGAAGAUGUACAUGCUAAUACUGAAAACUUGUUGAAGACAGUCACUAAACAGAUGAAGGGCAAAUCACUCAAAUGCCGCCAAGUGUGCUGUGAAUUAUUAUCCCAAUUAGCCAGGGCUCUACCCAACUCCUUGUCAAGCUCGAUAAAAGACCUGAUGUCUGGAAUUGAGGCUAAUCUGUUGGAUAAAUCUGGAGGAGCACAAAUCAAAGUUGAUACUCUGAACUUGAUCACCAGUCUACUGAAAUCACACGAUCCUGUGGAUUUCAAAGAUGUUAUUGAGCCUUUGAGUAAAUUGGUCGCAGGUGUUAUCAAUGACCCUUUUUACAAAGUGUCUUCUGAGGCCUUGAAUGUUUCCGGACGAUUCAUUCCUAUCUUGAAACUGUCCGAUAAGAAGCUUGUAGCUGGAAUUUAUGACUUCGUCUAUCAGAAGUUGAAAGUCAAUGAUAUUGAUCAAGAUGUCAAAGAGAGCGCUAUUGCUACUACGGCCACCUUCAUCUCUGCUUUCGGGCCUGAUAUUGAACACACUACUGAAUCGUUGAAACUUCUCGUGGAACGCUUAAAGAUGGAGAUGACCCGCUUAGCUGCAGUUCGGGCUUUAAUGGAAAUUGCUGCUUCUCCUUAUUCGUACUUCUUGGAGCAAGUAGCUUCUGAUAUUCCAGCCAUAUUGGCUGACUUUUUGAAGAAAAAUCAUCGUGCUCUUAAGCUGUCAACUCUGAAUCUCAUAAGACAUUUGUUUGGAUUACAUGAAAAGUUCCGCCUUGAGCCUGUGGGAGUUUCAGCUAUUCUCUCUGAAAUUUCUUCACUUUUCAAGGAUACCGACUUACAAGUUACACAACUGGCUCUCAAGUGCCUCACACUUGCUAUUGAGUUUUACCCUCAAUUGGUUGCACAGUUCCUGCCCGAAAUCAUGAGCUCCCUUAUUUUCCUGAUUCAAUCUGCUCUUUUACAAGGAGCUACUCUGCAAGCUACUUUUGGAGUUGUUCGUAGCCUGGUUCGCUCAGAAGUUCAGGGCAAGCCUGACUUCAAGAACAUGUUGGAUGCUAUUACUUUCCCAAUUUAUGAAACAAACAACCUGCCCAAACAAGCUUUUAUAUCUAUUUCCGCUGUCGUUGCCGUUAUUACCACAGCUACUAAUGAUAUAGGACAGGCGAAGAGCUUAGUCGUUAAGUUGGCUGAGCAAUUACAGAAUCCGGGAUCUACUGACCAAAUUCGUUUAUUCUGUAUUCACGCGAUUGGUGAACUCGGAAGACGUUGUCCAUCUGCUUUCGAUGAAUCAAAUGUCAACCCUGGAGAGCUCAUGAUUUCUGCAUUCAAUUCCCCCCAGGAAGAUUUAAAGGCAGCUGCUGCUCAUGCCAUUGGAGCACUCGCUGUUGGAAAUUUGAACAAAUACUUACCUUUCAUUCUUAACCAAAUUCAAACUGAGCCUAAACGACAAUAUCUCCUGCUGCACUCUUUGAAAGAGGUUAUCGCCUACGAUUCUGAUGAUCUGUCUGCAAUAGAGUUAUUAAAGAACAGAAUUGAUGAGGUGUGGAAGGUCUUGAUCAAUCAUGCUCAUUGCGCAGAAGAGGGAACCAGAAAUGUGGUCUCAGAAUGCAUGGGCAAGUUGUGUGUUGUUGCUCCUGGUGUCAUUCUUCCUAAAUUAAAAGCUGAGAUCACUUCAACCGAUGCAUCGAUUCGUGCCUGUGUUGUCACUUCGGUGAAGUUCAUGAUUUCUGCAGAGAAGCGUCCUAUAGAUUCUUAUCUUCAGGAGUAUAUCGGUACGUUCCUUAACGCCAUAAUGGAUGAAGAAUUAGGAGUUCGUAGAGUGGCAUUAGUUGUGUUGAACUCGGCUGCUCAUAAUAAACCAAGCUUGAUCAAUGACUUACUCCCACGCUUCUUACCCCAUGUGUACAAAGAGACUGAAACAAGGAAGAAUCUCAUUAGAGAAGUUGAGAUGGGUCCUUUCAAACAUCAAGUUGACGACGGUCUUGAUCUCCGUAAAGCCGCAUUCGAAUGUAUGUAUACGCUUCUGGAAAGCUGUUUAGAUCGUUUGGACAUCAAAGAGUUCCUUACUCACGUUGAAACUGGGCUCAAGGAUCAGCAACAAGACAUUAAGCUUCUCACUUUCUUGACAAUCAUUCGUUUGGCGAACUACAGUCCAUCUCAGAUGAGAUCAUCGCUUGAUCCUAUUUGCGAAAAGAUUAAGGAGAUUCUCAACCAGCGUAAUAAGAGCAACGCGGUUAAGCAGGAGGUUGAAAAGUUGGAGGAAUUGAAGAGAGCUGCUAUUCGUGCCUUGUACACGCUUCAGAACAUCCCCGAAGCUGAACAUCUUCCACAAAUCUACGAUUUGUUGAAUUUGGUGAAAAAUGUACCAGAACUCCGUCACGUAGCCGAACAGUUGUCAAAUGAUUCUUUGAGAACAUUUGUUGGAGACGUGCCAAUGGAGCCAGCUUAA